AUGUCUAGAGAUCUACAAUCCCGGCGACCUCUUUCUGAAAUUCAGUUACCAAAUAUCAUCUCACAAAAUGAAAAUAUCUCUAAAGAUCAUGAUCUAGAAAGAUGUAAUAAGGAACAAGCUGUAGAAAUCCGAACCCCUGGAUCUCCUCAAAAUUUGAUCCCUAAAAUUCUCAGCUGUCCACCGGCACCUAAGAAACCUAAAAGGGGAAUCUCAUGUAAGAGGAAAUUACUAAGCGAUUUGGAGUUUUAUGAUGUGACGGCAAGAGAGGAAGUAGAUUCCUUCUUCAGCUCGGUUGAUGAGAAUUCUAAAUCGUGUGCUGGUAACAGGAAGAGAAGGUGUAUUCUGUAA